UAAUAAUAACUCUCUAAUAAUAACUCGCAGGUACUUCUCUCUUUCUCUUGCAAUGAAAAGAGGCCGGUGAAUUGCGUCGCAGCAAAGUCCACUCCACACCACACGAGGUUGUUUCUACCCAAUCCUUACUGUUAUAUUACUCGUUGGCAUCAGAAUCACGUUAUUCUAAUUGCUCUGGUAACCUAAUAUCUAUUAUUUUCUCAGAAUAAAUGAAUUAAUAAUGAUCAUUGGUCAUUGUUGUCAUGAUUGAGUUUUUGAAGAUAUAGGGGCGCUAAAGCACCAGUGUUACAGAAUUUAAACAAACCGUUAUUUUCCGCAAACUGUGUUUUAACAACACUGUUUUUUAGAAACUUAAGACAUAAAGCUGUCGACUGUGAAGAAUUCAGAUUUUAACUCAAUUGAAUAAGGUUUGCUGGAAACAAGUGUUACACCAACUAGUUUGUCCAUAGCUGCUUACAAUAUUUAUGAUGGAAGGAAAUGUUAGUAUUGGGGAUGGAGACCAAACUCAAACCAAGAGAGAAAGUUCUUUGGUAAAGAUAAAAGUACUGUUUUUUGCACGAGCGCGGGAUCUUACCGGCUUGAGUGAGGUGCCAUUGGAGGUGUCAUCUGGAAGUACUACUCAAGAUUGUUUGAAAAAGCUUCUUGUUCAAUUUCCAAGUUUGGAAGAAAUAAAAGGGUGCAUGGUUCUUGCUCUGAAUGAGGAGUAUACAAUGGAUUCAACCAUUGUUAAAGACAAGGAUGAGUUGGCCAUUAUACCUCCAAUAAGUGGUGGUUAAUUAAACAACUUGUAAUUUUAUGACUGCUGCAGGGUGGAUAAUUCAACUUGUUAGUAAUCUUCUUCCUUCUCUCAAUUGAUUCACAAUACCUUGUUGUUAGCUAACAGUAACGCCGACUUAAGAUAUGUGAAUCUUGAAAUAAAGUCUUUGUAAAUCAAUUGAAUAAAUUGUCCAAGUUAUUGUAGUUGGUAUUUGUGAAAAUGUUGAUAUAAAUACAGAAAUUCAACCUUCAUUCUUAUGUCUUUUA